UGAGCGCUUCGACUGGGACGACGGGCCUCCUCUUCCUCCUCGAUGGGGGCGCAGCAGCCCGCGGGGAAAACUGGAGGUUAUGGUGAGGCCAACCAGCUGUGCCAGCAAGCACAGAAGCUCUGGACUGACUUCAUGCCCUCUUUUGUUCUCCAUUAAUAUUCCUGCCUCUCUGCACAACAUUUUGGGAAACUCUUCUAAGAACUUUGCUCCUCUCUCAUUAGGCAGCUGCUGCUGAGCAAAGAGCGAAAUGGCAAGAAGUCAAUGACUCCAGUGCACAAGCGUCUGCGCCACCAGACUGCCCUGUGAAUAGCACUGUCACUUUAAUAAUUCCAUUCAAGGGAUUGCUUUCAAUCCUCUUGGGCUUAAUACAGCUGAGGAUCAGAGGAACAUUAAAGGCCAGAAGGCUGGGUGGAGAAAAUAAAAAUGAAAGUGACUGCUGUUUGGGUACCAAAGUGAAACCUGGACCGUUUCCCCCCCGCAGUGCACAGAAGACUGUUGUGUGUCUCCAGUAUUGUAGCUAACUGGUAAAACCUGUGAAUGCAGAGAGCAGGGGGAAAAGUCCCUUUGAACUGCUUCUGUCUUCUUCAGAAAUUUUGUUUGGAUUAUAUGAGAACUGGUUUUAAGAUUAGGUGGUGCCAGAAUGUGAUGAAGUGGAUUAUUAGGACUGCCAAGACUUGGACUGUGCCUUAAAUGUAUUUCCUAUGUUCACCUAAUUUCUAUUUUUGGAACAAAAAAUACCCUUUGCUAUCGAGAGGGAUUCUUAUACCAUUUUGUAGGCUGACGGAUGUUAUCUCUUGUAUAUUUUUAUAGACUGGGAAAUAUUUUACAGAUUUUGACAACUCCUCUGGCAAAAAUUCCCUAAACUUUUUUCCCCUUCCCUCUUGCUGUUUCAUGGGCAGUGUUGGGAGUUUUUGAAUGGGAGAAAACUGAGUGCCGCUGUGGAAAAUGAAGAUAGUCGAGCUCUGUUUCUAAGCUGAACUGUGUAAGUGUUUUGAAUUGGAUGGCAAAUUUCUGACCUCACAAGACAAUCCCAGCGGGACUCUCUUGAUACCGGUAGAUAAGAACGUGCAUCCUGUGCCAGAAAUAACAGCAAGCAUGCCAGUCAAGAAGAAAGAUACUGAUAGAGCUUUAGCACUUCUGGAAGACUAUUGUAAGAAGCUGAAACAGCCAGAGGAACAACAGUUGAAAAAAGCCAUUAAGAAAGUGAUGGGUAUCUUCAAAAGCAGUUUAUUCCAGGCACUGCUAGACAUCCAAGAAUUUUAUGAAGUGACGCUGUUAAACUCCCAGAAAACCUGCCAGCAGAAGAUAGAAGAAGCAAACCAGGUUGCUGAGAAAUGGGAGAAGACCCAGUCUCUGGUAACAGACAAUGAGAGUCAGCACAAAACCCCAGAGACGGCAGCUUCCAAGGAACCAGACAGAUGGGCAGCAAAUGAAAAUCAGGAUAAGGGGAACCAAUCUUCUGAUAACCAUUCCACAGAUAAUGCUGCAAAGCAGAGUCAUACCAGAUGCCCAGCCCACAAAUGUUCUGUCGAAUCACCUGGAUGGAUACCAAUCCAGCAUUCUUCUAAGUAUCGCUACCAAGAUGAAGAUGCUCCACACGAUCAUUCUUUACCUCGUUUAACUCAUGAAGUGAGAGGGCCAGAACUAGUUCACGUUUCCGAAAAGAAUUUAUCACAGAUAGAAAACGUCCAUGGAUACGUCCUUCAAUCGCACAUCUCACCUUUGAAGGGGAGCAGAUGGAUGGAAGGAGCGGUUCCUUGGAAUGGGGCCAGCCCCGCUCCUAUAAUCGUCAACACUGAUACCUUGGACACUAUUCCCUAUGUCAAUGGAACAGAGAUUGAAUAUGAAUUUGAAGAGAUCACAUUGGAAAGGGGAUUUGCACUCUCCCACCCCAGGAGAAUGGUCAGAAUUUCCCUCUACCUGACUGUGUUACUUUUGACAAGAAGAGAACAAGUCAAUGACUGCAUCUUGCGGGUGAACGAGGUUGAUGUUUCAGAGGUGUCACACAGCAAAGCUGUUGAGGCACUUAAGGAAGCUGGCUCCAUAGUGCGACUGUAUGUCCGUCGAAGGAGACCUAUUCUGGAGACUGUUGUCGAAAUCAAAUUGUUCAAGGGACCAAAAGGUCUGGGAUUCAGCAUUGCUGGAGGUGUGGGGAAUCAGCAUAUCCCUGGAGACAACAGUAUCUACGUCACGAAAAUUAUUGAUGGAGGAGCAGCACAGAAGGAUGGGAGGUUGCAAGUUGGAGACAGGCUUCUUAUGGUAAAUAAUUACAGUUUAGAAGAAGUAACACAUGAAGAAGCAGUAGCAAUAUUGAAGAAUACAUCUGAUGUAGUUUAUUUAAAAGUUGGGAAGCCUACCACCAUUUACAUGACUGAUCCUUAUGGCCCACCAGAUAUUACCCAUCCUUAUUCCCCAGCAAUGGAAAACCAUAUACUAUCUUCAGGCAACAAUGGCACUUUAGAAUACAAGGCGUCUUUAGCCCCCAUCUCACCGGGAAGAUAUUCGCCUAUCCCAAAGCACAUGCUAGUGGAGGAUGACUAUACCAGGCCUCCUGAACCCGUUUACAGCACUGUGAACAAAUUCUGUGAUAAGCCACCUUCUCCUAGGCACUAUUCCCCUGUCGAGUGUGACAAAAGCUUCCUCCUUUCAGCUCCCUAUCCCCACUACCACAUAGGCCUGCUCCCUGACUCUGAGAUCAUCAGUCAUUCCCAGCACAGCACAGUCAACCGGCCACCCACAGUGAGCAUACAACGGAGCAUUUCUGUGGAAGGAGAACCUCGGAAAGUUGUCCUACACAAAGGUUCAACUGGACUUGGUUUUAACAUUGUAGGAGGAGAAGAUGGCGAAGGCAUUUUUGUAUCUUUCAUCCUAGCGGGUGGACCAGCUGACCUCAGUGGCGAGCUGCAGAGGGGAGACCAAAUUUUAUCUGUGAAUGGAAUUGAUCUUCGUGGUGCUACCCAUGAACAGGCCGCCGCAGCACUUAAAGGAGCAGGGCAGACUGUAACAAUAAUAGCACAAUACCAGCCAGAAGGUAGGCCAAAUGGAGCCACAUAGAUCUCCUCUUGGUGCUUUGAACAAUUGUUUUGCUUUGCUUUUCUUCUUUCCCUUGUGGGUGAAUGGAAUUGCAGUUCAAAGUUGGAACUUGUAUCUUGAAAGUUUGUUUAGUAAUAGAAAUAAAAUGUUG